UCCAUAUCCGUUCAGCUUGAUGAAAUACCAAUAUCCUCAAGUCUUUAAGAGCUUUAUAGUUCAACUUGUAAAGUCUUUGAGCAACGAUGAUCGCGCAGCUUUUAGCUUUUUAUGUUUAGGUAAUAUUCCUGAUUCGAUGUUAGAUGGCGACAUGGCUACUGAUGCUGAGUUAUAUAAGUUAAUCAAGUCUCUUCUAAAUGCUCAGGAAUUAUCUUCCACCAACAUGUCACUGUUAAAGUAUAUCCUUAAAGAUAUAGGCCGCGCUGAUUUGUUGCGAGAGCUGGAGAAAGUGGAAUUACAAAUCUCAACUGGAGUUCUUUUGGAAAAUUACGUGAGGUUUAAAUCUGUCGAUGGCUUCCGCCGUGACGCUGAGACGAAGCCUCCUGAUAACCUCACCGAUGUUCUGGAACAUUUACUUACCACCAAACAAAACAACCAGGAGAUGAUAUGGCAACUUCUUGAACAGCUGAGGCAAAUUAGUGACUGUCAUCAGAUACUACACGCGUUCAUUCGUAAAACUCAGCCGUCUUGGUCGGUGUUUACAGUCUUAUUGGUUGUCAUUUGUGAGUUAUAUGCUGCUUGUACCCCAAAUUCAAGAGAUGUGGAGGUUUUAGAAGCUGGUUAUUAUGUGUGUUGGUUCACCGAAACCGAGACAUGCAAGUUAUUAUCAGAUUGGAUUAUUACGAAUGGUGGUUUGAAAACAUACAAAGAAUUCGUGAAGGAGAAGAAAGGAGCAGCCAUUAGUGAAUCUGUGUUAUUCGCCAUGAAAGAAUCUGUUGGUGAAAAUAUCAAGCUACUCAGAAAACGGGUCGAUCUAUAAUCUAAUUUUUAAAUCAAGAGACUGUUUUAUAAAUAUAUCUUAUACGAUUCAAAGGUGUCUCACAAUACUUUUGACUUUCCUGUGACAAUGCAGGAAGUUCUUAAAUAUUGUGAAAAUUAAGAGACUGUUUUAUAAAUAUAUCUUAUACGAUUCAAAGGUGUCUCACAAUACUUUUGACUUUCCUGUGACAAUGCAGGAAGUUCUUAAAUAUUG